AUGGAGAAGCAUUUGAAGAAAUCUCCAUCUUCUUCUUCAUCAUCAUCAAUGAGACCAUCAUUUCCAAGAGAUCCUCGCGGCUCCUUAGAAGUAUUCAAUCCAACUAGCAACACCAGCUCGCCGGUACGCUCACCUUCAAAUCUGAAAAACUGGACGGAAACGGAAGAGCCGCGCAACGAAUUCCCCGAUGAAGUCACCAACACUUCCUGGAUGGCAAUCAAGGAAGAAGAAACCGGUGCGGCAGUACAGAGAGCCGCCGAGUGGGGAUUGGUGCUCACAACAGAUGCUGAAACCGGGAAACCACAAGGAGUGGCAGUUCGACACUCCGGCGGAGACGAGCCGAAUGCCGUUAAACUUGAAUCCAAAAGAAACUCCAAUAACUCCGUCCGAACUUCCGGUGAAUCUUCCGACGGAGGUGAUCCCCGCGGGUUUCCGAGAGUUUCGGAUGAUUUGAAAGACGCUUUAUCGGCUUUUCAACAAACUUUCGUGGUUUCGGAUGCUACCAAACCCGAUUACCCGAUUUUGUAUGCAAGUGCGGGUUUCUUCAAAAUGACGGGUUAUACAUCAAAAGAAGUCAUAGGAAGAAACUGUCGGUUUUUACAGGGUGCGGAUACGGAUCCGAAUGACGUGGCAAGGAUAAGGGAAGCGUUGGAAGGUGGGAAAAGUUUUUGUGGAAGGUUGCUGAAUUACAAGAAGGAUGGAACUCCCUUCUGGAAUCUUCUCACUAUUUCUCCCAUCAAGGAUGAUGAUGGCAAUGUGCUCAAGUUAAUUGGAAUGCUGGUGGAAGUUAACAAGCAUACUGAGGGGUCCAAAGAGAAGAAGCUGCGUCCCAAUGGGUUGCCUGAAUCCUUAAUUCGAUACGAUGCUCGUCAGAAAGAGAAAGCUACAUCUUCUGUAUCUGAGUUAUUAGAAGCCAUGAAGCGCCCCCGCGCAAUGAGUGAAUCCGGACACCGUCCCUUUAUCAGAAAAUCAGGAGGAGGUGGAGGUUCUGAAGAAGAUGAAAGAUUAGAAAACAAAUCAAGGAGAAAAUCUGAUAGCGUAGCUUCUUUUAGACCAAAACCGCAAGGAAAAAUUAGGCAUUCUAUGGAACGAAUCAGUGAGCUGCCUGAAAAUAAACAGAAAAACUCUCGUCGUGGUUCGUUCAUGGGGUUCAUGAGGAAAAGUCAUUCCAUUGAUGAAAGCGUUGAUAAUGAAGUUAUUGUAGAUGUGAGCUCUGGGAGUGAGGAUGAUGAGAGGGAUGAUAGUUUUGAAUUUGAUGACAAAGAAAAACUGAAGGAAAAGAGAAAAGGUCUUGAUCUUGCAACUACACUCGAGCGUAUUGAGAAAAACUUUGUCAUUACUGAUCCAAGGCUUCCUGACAAUCCUAUAAUCUUUGCAUCUGAUAGUUUCUUAGAGCUUACAGAAUAUAGUCGUGAAGAAAUCUUGGGGAAAAAUUGCAGGUUUCUGCAAGGACAAGAAACUGAUCCAGCAACUGUGAGAAAAAUCAGAGAGGCAAUUGACAACCAAACAGAAGUAACUGUGCAACUAAUCAAUUAUACAAAGAGUGGGAAAAAGUUCUGGAACUUGUUUCAUUUACAACCUAUGCGUGAUCAUAAGGGAGAAGUACAAUACUUUAUUGGUGUUCAACUUGAUGGUAGUCAACAUGUAGAGCCUCUUCACAAUUGCAUUGCAGAAGAGUCUGCAAAGGAGGGAGAACUAUUGGUAAAAGAAACAGCAGAAAAUGUUGGUGAGGCAGUGAAAGAGCUUCCUGAUGCUAAUCAGAAACCAGACGAUUUAUGGAAGAAUCAUUCAAAAGUGGUUCGCCCCAAACCUCAUAGGAAGGAUGACGAUGCUUGGAGAGCAAUCCAAAACGUUGUAGAAAAUGGAGAACAGGUAGGCCUAAAACACUUUAGGCCAAUUAAGCCUUUGGGGUCUGGAGACACCGGAAGUGUGCAUCUGGUGGAGCUAGAGGGAACUGGUCAUUACUUUGCUAUGAAGGCUAUGGAUAAGGGUGUUAUGCUCAAUCGCAAUAAGGUGCAUAGAGCUUGCACUGAAAGAGAAAUCCUUGACAUGUUGGACCACCCUUUUCUUCCUGCAUUAUAUGCUUCCUUUCAGACCAAAACACAUGUUUGUUUGAUAACUGAUUACUAUCCUGGGGGCGAACUAUUCCUGCUUCUUGACCAGCAGCCAACAAAGGUUCUCAAGGAAGAUUCUGUUAGAUUUUAUGCAGCUGAGGUAGUGAUUGCAUUGGAGUAUCUUCAUUGUCUAGGCAUAAUUUACCGGGAUUUGAAGCCAGAAAAUGUGCUGAUCCAGCGCAACGGACAUGUGUCUCUAACAGAUUUUGAUUUAUCAUGUUUAACAUCUUGCAAGCCACAGCUUAUACUUCCAGCUACCGAGGAAAAGAAGAAGAGAAAGAAGAAAAAGAAAAAGGGACAACCGAAAAAUCAAGAGGUUCCAAUGUUCAUGGCAGAACCAAUGAGAGCGUCCAAUUCUUUUGUUGGCACAGAAGAGUACAUAGCUCCGGAAAUUAUAACAGGUUCAGGUCAUACUAGUGCUGUGGAUUGGUGGGCUCUAGGUAUUCUUCUAUAUGAAAUGCUUUAUGGAUAUACACCAUUCAGAGGAAAGACAAGACAAAAGACAUUUGGAAAUAUUCUUCACAAAGAUCUUAAGUUUCCCAAAAGCAAACCGGUAAGUCCCCAUGGCAAGCAAUUAAUUUACUGGCUACUGCACAGAGAUCCCAAAAACAGAUUGGGUUCACUUGAAGGAGCAAAUGAAAUUAAGAACCAUCCAUUCUUCAAGAAUGUCAAUUGGGCUCUAGUUCGUUGCACGAAACCUCCUGAGCUUGAUGCUCCUAUCUUACUGGACAAUGAUGAGAAGAAAGAAGCCAAAGACAUUGACCCUGGCUUAGAUGAUUUACAGAAAAAUAUUUUCUGA